UCAAAAUUAUUUUAACAAAUGUUUUAUUGUCAAAAAUUUAGUUAUUUAUUUUGUGUGUGUAUUUUUGAUUAAUUGUUUUUAAUUUUUAAAUAAAAAUGACAGUGACAUAUGUUUAAAGUGAAUAUGUUUUGUUUAAAAUAAUGGUGAUUAAGUUAAUGCCGAUCGUGAGAAGAUCGGCUGCAACAAGUGAAUGGACAAAAAUAAAAUGGAUAAAAAAUUUACAGCACAAAGUUUUAUGAGAAUAAAAAAGUAAUAAUUAAAAAAAAAAAUAUAUAUAAUUAAAAUAAAAACAAUAGGUUUGUUGUUAUUGUUGUUGAUAUGGAUAGGUGAUAUUUAUGAGUGUGUAAUGAUAAAUUGACAAGUAAGCAGUAUGCCUUUUGUUGUGAGAAGAAUUGAGCCAAAAUAUGUUGGUCGUGGACAUGUACCUCAGGACAAUGUCACAUCGACGACAGUUGGUGCUGAAUUAUAUGCAACAUCAAAUGGUACACUUGCAAGUACAUUAAAACAACUUGCAUCAUUAUUAACUGUUGCUGAAGAUAUAUUUGGUGAAUUAACUGCUGAGCUAACAAAUGUUGCUAACAGAAGUGGUGAUCUUAGACAAAGAAUUGAUCGUCUUGAAGAUCAUUUAUCAACAAUUGAUCCAAAAAAAAUACCAGUUCCUGAAUCAGACAUAUGUACAUUUGCAUCUCGAAAAAAUCAUUACAAAGCAUCACGUGUACCAACAACAGGUUUAUUUGUAUCAUUAACACGACCAAAGGUUUUACAAGAAUUAUAUGAUUCUGCAGCUGUUGUUGCUGUUAAAAGUUUAGACAGUUUAAGACGUGAACGUGAUGGAAGAUCUUCCUUGGAUAUGUACCUGUGCACACCAGUACUUGGUAAACGAAGGAGAGAUAAAAGUUUUGAUAUUGAAUCACGUGUUCCUGCAGUUAUGGAUGAUCUUCGUAGAUGGACAUCAACUGAAGCCCUUGGGGACGUGACAGUGCCACCGGAUUGUAUGUCAAGAAUUUUUCAACAAGAUAACACUCUUGAUGAUGCUGUUGAUCAUAAAUUACCAAGUCCAGAAGAACAAAAUCAAGCAAUUGCAUUGAGGUUCCCAGCAGAGAUUGUGGCAGUCGAUGUAAGUGGUAAAGGAUUUGAAAGGAUGUCCAUGAGACGUAGAUCUCUUAUGGCAGGUAAAAAUGGUGAUAAUCAAGAUACGACCGUGAAACGAAGAUCACGACCACGAAGACCACGAGGUAAAAGACGAAAUACGAUAGCUGGUACAGACAGAAAAGAAAUUCGUCGAGCUGCUGGAGAAACAUCAACAGUAAAUGAAACAGAGGGUGAUAUUACUGAAGAAAUAUUAAAUGAUGUAUCACCAGCUCAUCGUUCAGCAAGUACUGAUAUACUUGGUAAAAAAGAAUUACCAAAUGAAAAAAAAUGGCAUGAUACAUUAAAAGCAUGGGGUAGAUCACGUUUAAAAUUAAUAAAUUCAAAAACAGAUGAUAAAAUUGAUAAAUUAUCAUCAAAUAAUGUAACUAUAAUUGAUGAUAAUUCAUAUGAAAUGAUAACAGCAACACAGCGUAGAAAACGUGAUAAAAUACAUGAACGUAAACCAAGUUUUUCAAGUUCAAGUGGUAAAAGUAUUGCAUCAAGUAUUGCUGUAUCAAUACCUGUUCCUAUUCGUCAACCAGUUAAAUUGCGUGAAUGUGCUGCACAAAGACGUGAAAGAAGAAAAGGAAGUAAUCGAGACGAUCCACCACAUUCAAGUUCUGGUAAUUGGAGUGCAUCUUCGGAAAGUGGUCGUGCUAGUAUUGGAAGUGAAUCUACAACAGCGACAAAUCCACCAAGAUCAACCACAACAACAUCAACUGGCACAUGUUCAUUAUCAUUAAAUCAUGCAAGACGUUUACGUGGAAGAGACACCUCAACAUCAUCAUCAGUGACAUCUGAGGGAACAUUAACACCUGAUAUUAUACAAGACAUAAGUACAAUACCAUUUUCAGAUGAGGGUGAGGGUGAGGGUGAAACAUGCUCAGUAUAUUCAUGUGACACGGAGGGUUAUUAUACAUCAUUUCACAUGGAUUCUGGUCUGAAGACCCUCAGAGAAGAAGAAGCAGCCCCAUCAAAACCCCUAACUAAAUCCAAUGAAAUAACACCUGACUCAAUGUCACCUAUAGUUGAAAAUGAAUAUGAAUUAUUUGGACGUGGCUCAACGUCAACUACAACAAGUUCAGCUGGUACUGUAUGUACAACUUUAUUAGCACCAGUACCACCUGAACGUAAAUCAAGUCUAACUGUUGUUGCAAUGGUUCAUGGACAAAAUAAAAAUGGUGGUGAAUCACCAGACAGUGGACAUAAUACAUCAUCAUCACCAGUUGAAUCAGCAUCAAGUCCAGCAUGUACAGCAAGAUCAUGCUCAGAAUUAGAAUAUUCUGAAUCGAGUGAUCUUGAAGGUUGUGAUAGAAUUGAACGUAUACGUUCUAAAACAGCAAUAAAUACAGCAAGAAUACCAUCAAUGUGUGUUAUCACACCACCAGGUUCUGAUGAUGAACAAACAAAUAACAACAACAACAACAACAACAAUCAUAAUAAUAAUAAUAAUAUUAAAACACAACAAGAUAUUAAUAGUAAUGAAAUAAUAAAUUGUAAUAAAAAUAAUACUGGAUCAAUACUAAUGUCAGCAACAGUUGGUACAUCUAAAAUGCAAGUUAUUAAUGGUGAUGAUAAAAAUCUUUAUGCAACAGUACAAAGGGUUGAGCCAAAGUCCAACAACAGUAUUAAUGGGCAAAAUAAUAUUAAUAAUAAUAGUAGUAAUAAUAAUAAUAUUAAAACAAGUCCAUUAAGUGGUGUACUUGGUAAAUUACGUGGUGUAUUACCACUUAAAAAAUUACAUUAUGGUAAAAAUUUACAAAAUGAACAAAUAAAUUGUCAUAAUGACUCUGGCGACUAUGUAACCAUAGCCGAUGUGAGAAAUAAUAAUGACAAACAUAUGCCAUGUAAUACAAAUCAAGUAACUUAUGCAAAUGCAUUAGAAUUACAUGAACAACAACAACAGCAACGACAACAACAACAACAACAGCCAUAUGACACUGAGUAUGUUAGCCUAAGUGAAUUACCAAAAAAAUUCACAGAUUCAUCAUUGGAAAGAAAAAGACAUGGAGCAAGAGUUACACUUGACUCCGAGGGUAAAGUUGUUUACUCAUCGGACAGUCUCAAGAGGCGAAAGGGAGCACAUACAACCUUCAAUCCAGGUCCAUUUGUCAAGGAUUCAAGUACACCAUCACCAACAGCAUCACCAAUGUUUCGUCGUGCACAAACACAAAUACGAUCAGUUAAUACAAAACAAAAUGAACAACCAUUAGUUAAUAAAACAACUGGUAAAGUUGUUAUACGAGCUGCUGGUAUGAGUCCAGAACGUGAUAAUGAACAACUUAAACAAUCACGUGGUGCAUAUGUCAACGUACAAAAUGAGGAAGAUAAUCCAAUGAUAUCAAAACCCCCUGAAUCAUCAUCAUGCCAAGUAACACCACAAUCACCACCACCUUAUAUUGCCCCACCACAGCCACAAGAUUGGCAACGUUAUCAACACAAUGAAAUUCAUAAUUCCAAUAAAAAUAAUCAAGAAAAUAUUGGACCAAAUAAUAAUCAACAAAGAAUUAAUUCUGUUUCGAAAAAUUUUAUACAACGACCAACAUUUUCAUCGCCUUAUUAUACAAUGCCAAAUCGUAAAACACAAAGUGAUAUUAGAGAACAAAUAAGAUGUGUUACACCUGAUAUAACAAGAGAUUUAAAUAGACAAAAUGAUGAAAAAAAUAUUAAUCGUAGUGGGCAACAUGUUACUACAACCAUAGACUCACGAAACAGAUUUUUAGCGCCUUUGGGACUAAGUGCUCUUGGCUACAGAUUUUUUGCUUCAUCACCAGUUAAUUCAUCAAGUCCAAAUAAUAAAACAGUUGUUGAUGGCUCAAGUAAUCCAUCAAUAUCACAAAUAUCUAUGGAUAAAUCAGGACCAAGAUCAAGCUCAACAGUAGCACAACGUCUUUCAGCAAUGUCAAAAAAUUCAUGGACAAUUUCAUCAUCAACUGGAUCACUUGAUUACAAAGAAAAUAAACCAAUACAUGUUGAAUCAACAAAUAGAAAUCCACCACCAAUGAAUAUAUUAUUAUCACCAAUAAAAAGUACAAUGUCAAAUGAAGAAUUAUUUGCAGCAAUUCAUAAAUCAAAACGUAAACUUAAUAUUAAAAAUGAAACUGAUCGUUUUGCAAGUAAUAAUACGAUAAAUAAAUCUUAUGAACAAAUUGGUACAAGACACAGUUGGAGUCCAGAGUCGAAGAACACACCAGAGGUUCCUCCGGCAAUUUUAAUGCCAUCUGCAACAGCCAGAAUGGAUUUUAAACGUUUAUUACUUCAACAAAGUUCGAAAUCAAAUCCAAAUCGUAUAUCUGCUGCGGAACAAUUAAAAUUAUCACGUCAACAACAUCAACAACAGCUGCAACAACAACAUCAUCAUCAACAACAACAGCAACAAUGCCAUUUGAGAAAUCAACAACAAUUACAUCAACAACCAUCACUUGCUAGAGCAAUGAGUCCACGGUCAAUUUGGAGAUUUCAAACACCUCGUAGUGAUGUUUUAUCAUCGACAAUUGUUGAAGAUACUGCUGCUGAAGAACGUGCUGCAAAAUUAUCACCAGAAAAUCAAAUACAAAAUAAUAGAUUACGAACAAGAAGACAACUUGAUUUAAGUGGUAUUUCACCAAUUCCAAAGCAACAAACUAUUGGCCAAAAUAUAAAUAAUGACAAUGAACGUUAUGAAAUGAAUAAUAGAUUAUCAAGGGUCAAUAAUGUUGACCUCAAUAAUGACAAUGAUAAUCGUAGAAUACGAAAUGAAAAAGCACGAGCUAAUUUUUUGGCAACUGGUAUUUCAACAAUUUCAGAGCAUGGAUAUCGUACACGUUCUGAAUCACCAAGGAAUCCAGCUACAUAUGCCAAAAGUGUUACACGGAGUCCGAGUGCUCCUACUCUUGAGACUGCCCUUUAAUUUUCAAUUAAUCAAGAAUUUGUUUUUCUUUUUUUUUUUACACUAAUAAAUUACAGUAUUUAUUGAUUUUCAUUUUUUUGAUUUUUUAAUUGUAAAAGACAGUUUAGACAUUUUUUUUCCCUUUACUAUGAUUAAGUAUGAAUUUUAAUUAUAAAAAUUAAUUUUAUAAAUUUUUUUAAAAACAAAAUAAUGUAAAAAAUACAAAAAUAUUUUAAUUGCCUAUGCUUUUUGUUAAAAAAAAUUUUUUAAUUUAAAAAAAGUGCCUAUGAAAAAAAAAAAAAAAUAAAAAAUAAUGCAGUCUCAAUUUUUAAAAUAUUUUUAUUAUCUUAAAUAUAAAAUUUAAAAUAAUAAUAAUAAUUUUUAUAUUUAUUAAUUUAUUAUUUAAUAUAAAAAUUUGUCAUUUUUAUUAAAUUUUCAUGACACAAUAUUGAUAAUACUGUAAAUAUUUAUAUAAAAAAAUUAUUUUAAUUUUACAUUAGCUAAUCUAGUCGAAACGAAUUUUGUAAUUGGCAAAAGAAAUAUUAUUUAAAAUUGCUUUAAGCUAUUAAUAUUAAUUACAUUUUACUGAUAAAUAAUAGAGCUUGUUCAUAACAAUAAUAAAAAUAUUUUAAAGUUUUUACUAAUAAUUUUAUAUCUCAAACAACGACCUUGAUAAAUGCAAUAAAUUUCUAUUUUACCAAUUAUACUUUAUUACAUUUCGUAAUGAAUUGAUAACAAAUAAAUAAUGAUUAAAUAAAUAUUCAGCCAGGCAACAAUGUAAUUAUUGUGAAAUUUAUUAGCCUUCAUUUGUUAAAAAUCUUAUCAUUUAUUGCAACAUUUAUUUUAAAAUGAAAUUAUUAUAUGUAAUUUUAUAUUCGUCACAAAAGUGUCGAGAGAUUAUUUAUUUUUCUUUAGUUUGAUUUAUGGUUUGUUCAAUUAUUUAUUUUUAAUUUGUCCUUGCAAUAAUCAAUGAUCAAG